UCUCCCACAGAGAAGAGUUUAGCCCCAAACCCCGGAGGCCAGGCAGGCCGCCUCCAGAGGAGCCCCCGCAGACGCCAUACUAAAAGUCAAAAUGGCUGCCCCAAGGAAGCCCGCACCGCGCAGCUAGUAAGGGUUGGGGAACAAGAUUCUGCGGGAAAGGGGGAGGGGGACUCUCGGAAGAGCCGUCGCCAGAACCGUAGGCAGGACUAUCGCCCCCCGAGCUGCACAGGUUCUAAUUACAGCCACCCCUUGACAUAACUUUUGAACUAUCUGGAAAAAUACCGCCCAGGAAAAAAAAAAUGAUAAAAUUUUUCCUAAUGGUGAAUAAACAAGGACAGACCCGACUUUCUAAAUACUAUGAACAUGUGGAGAUCAAUAAGCGUACACUUCUGGAAACGGAAGUCAUAAAGAGCUGUCUCUCCCGAUCCAAUGAACAAUGUUCUUUCAUUGAAUUUAAGGAUUUUAAGCUGAUAUAUCGACAGUAUGCUGCUCUAUUCAUUGUGGUUGGAGUUAACGACACUGAGAACGAGAUGGCCAUUUAUGAAUUCAUCCAUAAUUUUGUGGAAGUGUUAGAUGAGUACUUCAGCCGAGUGAGUGAACUAGAUGUAUCCUUUUUCAAAGCUGUGAGCCAGGUUUUCCUCAGUACUUGGCAAAGCACAGGCUAGUCCCAACCAGGCUGUGUCAUCAUUUCCCUUCAAGUUUACUGCUGAACCGUGAUGAACAGCUUUAAGUGAUUUUCACUCUCAAGAAAUUUAUGCCUCAGAUUGGUCAGCUUUAUCUUGAAGACUCCUGACAUUUCAUUUACUGAAUGUAUUAAGACUCAUAAAUUUUACCUGCUACAGCGAUGUGCUAGACCAGGAUUCAGCAAACCUCUUCUGUAAAGAGCCAGACAGUAAAUACUUUAGGCUUCAUGGGCCAUAAGGUCACUGCUGUAAACACUCAGUUCUGCCACUGUAGUGUAAAAACAGCCACAGAUAAAUACGUAAAGGAAUGAGCAUGGCUGUGUUCUAACAAAACUUUAUUUGUUUAUGGACACUGAAGUUUGAAUUUCAUAAAAUUUCCACAUCAUAAAAUAUUAUUCUUCUUUGGCUUUUUUUAAACCACUUAAAAGUGUUAUAACCAUAUUUAGCACUUGGGCAAUACAAAGCAAGCAGCAGGCCAUCGUUUGCUGAGCCCUGUGCUAGAUUAGUCUUCAUAAAAGAUGGGUUAUUGACCGACAUUUUACAGAUUUAGAUAAAUGGCAAUACUGAGCACAUAAAUUGGAUUUUAACUCUAACACUAGUAUGACGUUUUAGUUAUGCAUCCAUGACUUCAUUAAGACAAUCACCACCACUAUUUUUUAGAUUAAAGCAUAGGUCAUACAUUUAAAUAUUGCUAUUAUGUUUUAUUUUAACUUUUAUUCUCACAGAGAACUGUGAAACUAACAACAAGAUGAAUUAUUUAAACGCUGCCACUGAUAACAUAGUACAACAUUCUCAUGCAGAGAAUAAAAACAGUACUCAAAUGACUGACUGUAGUGGAAGGUAUCUCU